CGAGGCAUGUGAUUACAUAUCACCAGCAGUGUGCGACAGAGACAGGUAAGAUGGCGGCGCAGGAGAACGAAUCCACUGAUCAAACCACCGUUAGCAACGGCGAGGUGAGCAGUAAUGGCGAGGCUGCUGCUGACCAGGUCGCACAGACGGGUGAAGCUGGCCAGGAUCCGCAGCAGCAGCCACAGCCGCCUCCCAACGCGUGGCAAGUCAUCAAAGGUGUUCUCUUUAGGAUCUUUAUCAUAUGGGCCAUCAGUAGCUGGUUCCGUCGAGGCCCUUCAACUCCAGAUCCCAACACUCCGGCUGGGGCACCAAGAGUUCCCAGCCGCAACCUUUUCCCCAAGGAUACCCUAAUGGAUCUUUAUGUAUAUCUCUCCAAAGAUGAGAUAUUUACAGAAUUCAACGACACGGAAUCAUUAUUCUGGUACCAUCAAGAUCUUGUCUAUGGAGACUGGACUACUGGAGACCAAGGAUGCUAUGAACAUUACAAGGAACUGGAUACACCAGAGCAUCUCCAGCAGAAUGGCUCUCUCUAUAUUCAUAUCUACUUCACCAAAAGUGGCUUUCAUCCAGACCCCAAGCGCAAGGGCCAGUAUCGCCGGCUGGCUACUGUCCAUUCCUCUCGAAUGCUGAAUAAGUUCAAACGGAGGAAGUUUAUGAAGACCAAGAAUCUCUUGACUGGAGAGACAGAAGCAGAUCCAGAGAUGAUCAAACGUGCAGAAAGCCACGGACCUGUGGAGAUCAUCUCCCAUUGGCACCCCAACCUCACCAUCAACAUGGUGGACGACCACACAGCGUGGGUCAAAGGGUCUGUCCCCCCUCCUCUUGACCAGCAUGUGAAGUUCGAUGCGGUCAGUGGAGACUAUUACCCCAUAGUCUACUUCAAUGACUACUGGAACCUGCAGAAAGACUACGACCCCAUCAACGAGACCCUGCAGAAGUUGCCCCUGCGCCUCACAUACUGCCCGCUGUCUCUGUGGCGCUGGCAGCUGUAUGCCGCCCAGAAUGCCCGUUCUCCAUGGAACUUCCUGGGCGAGGAGACUUAUGACCAGUCCGACGAGGACCAAGAUUCUGUUAAGGUGGCCUUGCUGGAGACCAAUCCCUAUCUGUUGGGUCUGACCAUUGUCGUCUCCAUAGUUCACAGUAUCUUUGAGUUCCUGGCUUUCAAAAAUGACAUCCAAUUUUGGAACAGCCGACAGUCCCUGGAGGGUCUGUCAGUUCGCUCUAUCAUAUUCGGGGUGUUUCAGUCCCUAGUGGUACUGCUCUACAUCCUGGACAACGAGACCAACUUUGUGGUGCAGGUCAGCGUGUUCAUUGGCCUGCUCAUCGACUUCUGGAAGAUCACAAAAGUCAUGGAUGUCAAACUGGACAGAGAGAACAAGAUUGCUGGAGUAAUCCCACGACUCGUAUUCAAAGACAAGUCCACAUAUGUGCAGUCAUCCACCAAACAAUAUGAUGAUAUGGCUUUCAAGUACCUGUCGUGGUUCCUGUACCCCCUCUUUGGGUGUUAUGCUGUCUACAGCCUGCUGUACGUGGAACACAAAGGCUGGUACUCGUGGGUACUAAGCAUGCUUUAUGGGUUCCUGUUAACGUUUGGUUUCAUUACCAUGACCCCACAGCUCUUCAUUAACUAUAAGAUGAAAUCUGUGGCCCACCUCCCAUGGAGGAUGCUUACCUAUAAGGCACUCAACACUUUCAUUGAUGACCUGUUUGCCUUCGUCAUCAAGAUGCCCAUGAUGUACAGAAUAGGAUGUCUAAGAGAUGACGUAGUGUUCUUCAUCUAUCUGUACCAGCGCUGGAUCUACAGAGUGGAUCCCAACCGUGUCAAUGAGUUUGGCACCAGUGGAGUGGACCCAAAGGACAAGGACAAGGACAGCACGGCGCAGGCCUCCGACAACGGGCCCACGCCCGCCAUCACAGAGAAAGCAGAGGAGGAGAAGAAGAAUGAUUAAGCGCACACCCUGUUCACCUUCCCCCUUCACCCCCUCAGGCGAAGGUGGAGUCAGCAUCAAGGCUAAAAUUCUUGUGUCUGUUUGCCAGGGGUGGAAACUGGA